AUUAUCAGCAAAUUUUGAAUAAGGGUGUCAAUUGUAUAUUAAUUUUAUUGCAAAGUGUGCAACGUUUCCGAAAAGGUACGCGUGCUUUUUGUUAGACAUUCAGUUCGUUGCAGAAGUUCAUCAACAGGUCGCGCUUUCGCAUUGAUCCAAGCUCGCCAGUCAAAAUGAGUCGACUCUUCAGUACGGGUUCGGUUCUCGGUGCGAGUGCAAGCAAAAUGGCUAGUAACUUUCGGAAAGUGACCCAUUGCAUCUUCGACAUGGAUGGAUUGCUGCUGGACACCGAGAAGCUGUAUACGGAGGUAACACAAUCCAUAGCCGACCCGUACGGGAAGAUCUACACGUGGGAAAUCAAACAGGCGGUGAUGGGGCUGCAGCGGGAACCGGCCGCCAUUGCCAUCAUCGAGGCCCUGGAGCUGCCCAUGACUCCCGAGGAGUACAUUGAAGUUUCCACCGUGAAAAUCAACGAGUUGAUGCCGCACUGCGAACUGAUGCCAGGUGCCGAACGACUAAUUCGGCAUCUACACCAGUACAACAUUCCCAUUGCUGUGGCCACUAGUUCCAGUUAUGACUCGUAUGAGGUGAAAACGCGAAAACACCUAGAGCUAUUCGAUCUGUUCCACCACAAGGUGACGGGAUCGUCCGAUGCUGAGGUGAAGGAGGGAAAACCUGCUCCGGAUAUUUUCCUGGUGGCUGCCUCUCGUUUCCCGACCUCACCUAAACCAGAAGAGUGCCUUGUCUUCGAGGACGCCCCUAACGGAGUGACGGCGGGAGUUUCCGCCGGUAUGCAGGUAGUUAUGGUACCCGAUCCAAACAUAACCGAAGAUCAGCGGAAGAACGCGUCAUUGGUGUUGAAUUCGCUGGAAGAGUUCCAACCGGAACUGUUUGGACUGCCUGCCUUCAAAUGAGGAACAUAUUAGCUGUAGCGUAACAAUAAUAAUACUAGCCCAACCGAACCACUAUGUUUCAACAUAACGACGCGGAACGUUGUUUUAUCUGUUGCUUAGUGUAGAUUAACUGUCGUUUAUUUUCGUACAAAAGUUUGGGAGAUGAUAGUUUUAAUAUAUUUUCACAUAAACGAA